AUGGCCAAAAAGACGUCCCGAAAAUCGGUGUCGUUCCAACCAAAUGAACUGGAGGUCAAUUCUGAUGCAGAUGCACCCGAAUAUAAGACCAAAGUACCUACUUUGGCAUAUCCCAUAAUACCCGUUCAAAACUUAUUUUUAGUUUGGGAUUUGUUUCGCCGAGGUCUCACCGAGCAUAUUGCAGAGACGUUGCUCAAUAGUUUGCCCACUGUAGCUGUCUUGCUGGCAGCCCAAGGCUAUUUGAUCACAUUAGCUUCUGCCAACUCUGGCAAGAAAAGUAAGAAACAGACCAAUGUGCCCCUUUUGAUUGUGGGCAGUGUGUUUAUGUCAUUUGUGUUAUCCGUGCCGUUGUUUGGGGCUAUUUUGUUGUUCGGAGCACCUCUAGCCAGUCAUUUAACAGAGACGUUUUUGUUAGCUGUCCACUUGUCGUUCUUGAUUUUCAAUCCAUUGUUGGUCUUGUUCAAAUUUGACCUUGAUGCUUUUGUGCUGGUUUUCAAAGCUGAGAGAAUUUACCGUUUAAUAUUUGGAAACUACAUACUCGCUUCGAGUUUGGUGGCCGUGGCUGGUGUAUGGAUUGGAGUCAUUCCUAUUCCCUUGGACUGGGACAGACCAUGGCAACAAUGGCCCAUUACGUUGUUGGUGGGUGGUUAUGUAGGCUCGGUGGUGGGCGGAGCAUUGAGUGUUCUUUUCUGA